AGCGCGGCGCAGUCCCUGGGGCUCACCGGGCGCUACCUCUACCUGCUCUUCAGGCCUCUGCCCGGCAAGCACUUCCUCGUCCACCUGGAUGCCACGACGGAGGAAAACCAGGUGGUUCGCAUCUCCUUCUCCAGCCUCUUCAAGGAGUUCAAAUCCACGGCUACCUGGCUGCAGUUCCCCUUCGUCUGCGGAGCGGCCAAGGGAGCAGCCCCUGCAGACGUGCGCUGGACCUGCCUGGUGCUGGACCUCCCCUCCAUCCACUCCCUGUACCUCAACCGCCGCUACAGCCACCUGAAGGGUGUCAAACUCUGCUCCAACCUGCUCGUGAGGAACCUCUGCACCAGUGAUUUGGUGUUUGUCCCAGGUGUGUCCUUCUCUGAGGCCCGGCACGCUGACCUGGCCUGCCGAGGGGUCUCUCCCUUCCCGCGGGAAAUGGCAUUCCCUGUGCCCAGGGGAAAGAAGUGGCAUGACCUCUACGACUACAUCAGGUUCCCAUCCGAGGGGCCCAAGCUGCUGCACAGCUCCAUCCAGAAGAGGUGUCCCACUCCUGCGGUGCCACACCGGAGUCCUGUCAUCACGAGCACCAUCCCUGAGGUUCACCUGGCAACCCCAGGCCCUCUACGAGCUGUGACUGCUGGGGAGCCAGAGCUGCAGGAGAGCCAGAGGCUGCACAAUGCUGGGGACCCUGGGCAGCCACUGUCAGGCAGUGAUGGUGGCACCCACGUCUGUGCCCAUCAGAGGGACGGGCAGACCAUCCGAGUUAUCCCUGCUGGCUCACAGGAGAGGCUCUUACCAGAUCCCAUCCUGAAGCUGAGAAUGAUUAUUGGCUUUGGAGGCUGCAGCACCAAAUGGGCUCUGUGGACACAGGACAGCACUGCUGUGGUGUAUCCCUGCCAUGCUGUGGUUGUGGCCCUGCAGCUCCAGACUGGCCAGCAGAGGUUCUUCCUUGGCCACACGGAUAAGGUGUCGGCGCUGGCGCUGGACGGGAGCAGUGCCCUGCUGGCCUCGGCCGAGGCUGGGCCACGCGGCCUCGGGCGCCUCUGGCACUUCCCCACGGGCACCUGCCUCUCCGUCUUCAGAACCCAUACCCACUCCCUCUGGGCCCUCAGCCUUUCCCACAGUGGAGCUGUUCUGUGUGGUGUCGGGAAGGACGGGCACGGCAAAACGAUACUGGUGGUGUGGAACACUGCUCAGGUGACCUGUGGUGGACAGGUGACCAUGCUGGCCAAAGCACACACGGAUGUGGACAUCCAGGCCCUGAAGAUUGCUUCUUUUGAUGAUACCAGGAUGGUGUCGUGUGGCCGGGACAGCGUCCGGCUGUGGCGGGUGCGGAGCGGAGCACUGCGCUCCUGUCCCGUCAGUCUGGGCGAGUACCACUCCCUGGAAUUCACCGGCCUGGCCUUCGACGAGGGGCACCAGGAUCCCAAGGACUGCAUGCUCUUUGUGUGCAGCAGGAGUGGCCACGUGCUGGAAGUGGACUGUGAGAAGCUGUGCGUGCGGAGCGCACGGCGCCUGCUGCCCGCGCGGGAUGGGCAGUGCCAGGUGGUGUCAUGUUUUGGCUUUUCAGGCCCUGGCAUUGCCAUAAACUGCAUCAGCAUCUCCUCAACUUUGUGUGCCGUGGGCUCAGAGGAUGGCUACCUGCGGCUGUGGCCACUGGACUUCUCAGCAGUUGUCUUUGAGGCAGAGCUCGAGGCUCCAGUGAGUUCUGUCUGCAUCAGCCCAGACAGCCACAAAGCCUUGUGCACCACAGCUGCUGGGAAUCUGGGCUACCUGGACACCCAGUCCCGGGACUACAACACCCUCAUGCGCUCCCACGAGGACACUGUCCUGGGCUUCUCAGUGGAGGGGGUUUGGAAGCAGAUAGCAACAGUGUCCCAGGACAAUACCAUCCGGGUCUGGGACCUUGUCUCCAUGCAGCAGCUGUACGACUUCGCGGCUGCGGGGGAGACGCCGUGUGCCGUGGCCUUCCACCCGAGCCAGCAGCUCCUGGCCUGUGGCUUCUCCAGUGGGACAGUGAGAACCUUCAGCCUGGCUGCAUCCGAGCUCCUGCUGGAGCACAGGCAGCACAGCACGGCAAUCACUGGGCUGACCUUCUCUCCAGAUGGCAAUUUCAUGUUCAGCUCCUGUUUGCAGGGAGCUCUGGCUCUGUACAGCUGUGUGGCACAGAAAAGCCACGUCCUGAGAGUCCUGGGCAAUGUGGUGGCCCAGGAUGCUGGGAGUGGCCUGGAUGCACUGGUGGUCAGUGGGGACAGCCAGCUCCUGGCCUUUGUGGGUCCCUCCAAGCAUGUGGUGACUGUGAUGGAGGCCUGCUCCCUCGAUGAGCUGCUGAAGGUGGACAUCAGCACCCUGGACAUGCACAGCACAGCCUUGGACUCUGCAGUGAGGGUGUGCUUUGCCCCUGUGCCUCGAGGAGAGCUCCUGGUGUCCACUUCAUCCUGUAAAAUCCUUGUGCUUGAUGCGAAAACAGGACGAGUGGUGCGAGAGGUGUGCCCUGUGCACAAGCUGUCCUGUUCCUCCUUGGCACUGAGCAGGGAUGGGCAGUACCUGCUCACUGCUGGUGACAAGGUUAUCAAAGUGUGGGACUAUCGGAUGCGCUUCCAUGUCAACUCCCAGGUGUACAUCGGCCACUCGGAGCCCGUGCGCCAGGUGGCCUUCACCCCUGACCAGAGGCACGUCAUCAGCGUGGGGGAUGCCAUCUUCCUCUGGGAUUUCCUAGCUCCCCCUGCACAGAGGUGUUCCCCAACCAGGGCAUGUUCCCCCACGUCUGCUCUGCUGUCAGGACCAGGUAUUUCCUCCGAGUCAGACAAAGAGGAGGAAGCAGAUCCACCAGGCAGCAGCAGGAUGGUGUCAAAUGGAGACAAAGAUGCUUCAGUCCUUGUGGUGGAGUCAGACGGGACCGAGGAGCUAGUUGUGAGGUCCAGAAGUUUCUUGGCUUCUCAAGCAGGCAGUGAGCUCUUGAAGCUGAAAGCAGUGAUCGGCUACAAUGGGAAUGGCAGAGGGAACAUGGUGUGGAGCCCGGACACAGGCUUCUUCGCCUACUCGUGUGGCUGCGUCAUCGUGGUCGAGGACCUGCACUCAGGGUCACAGAGCCACUGGCUGGGCCACGCUGAGGAGAUCUCCACACUCACCCUCAGCCACGAUGCCCAGGUUCUUGCCUCUGCCUCGGGGAAGAUGGAUGGAGGCUCCCAUUGUCAGAUCUGCAUCUGGAAUGUCCAGGAUGGAGCCUGCACAGCACAGCUCUUCCAGCACGAGACACAAGUACAAGCCAUGGCUUUCUCUAGGGAUGACAGAUUCCUUGUCACCAUAGGGGACUACAGUGACCAGACCAUGGCUCUGUGGAACAUCUACACUCGGGAGCUCCUGCUGUCCACUCGUGUCUCAGAGCCAGUGCACGAUGUGGCUUUCAGCCCUGUGUGUCACCAAGACCUGGCCUGCGUGGGGAGGGGAGCACUGAUGUUCUGGUUGUUGGAGCAGCAGGGAGCUGCUCUCUGCCUCAAGGUUCAUCGAGCCCCUGCCCCGGCCAUGCUGGGGCCGGUGGAACUCACCUCUCUCUGCUAUGGUGCUGACACUCUCCUCUACAGCGGCACCAACUCAGGCCAGAUCUGUGUGUGGGACACCGAGACAAACUGCUGCUUCAUGACGUGGGAGGCCGACGAGGGCGAGAUCGGGGUGCUGGUGUGUGGGCACAACAGGCUGGUGAGUGGCAGCAACAUGAAGCGCAUCCGCCUGUGGGCAGUGGCCACCGUGCAGGAGCUGAGGCUGAAGGGGCCUGAGGCCAGGUCCAGUUCAGUCCUGCUGGAACACGAGAUCACCCUCGAUGGGACGAUAGUCAGUGCAGCCUUCGAUGACUCUCUGGAAAUGGGAAUUGUGGGCACCACAGCAGGAACACUGUGGUACAUCAACUGGACAGAGAGCACAAGCAUCAGACUCAUCAGUGGCCACAAGAACAAGGUGACUGAAGUGUGUUUCAGCCCUGAUGAGGCUCACUGUGCCACGUGUGGGGAGGAUGGCAGCGUGAGGAUCUGGGCUCUGGACAGCACAGAGCUGGUGGUGCAGUUCCAGGUGCUCAACCAGAGCUGCCAGUGCCUGGCCUGGAAGCCAUGUCCCAUGGUGGCCUGGGGAGCUGAGAGCCAGCACGUGGUGGCAGGAUACAGCGACGGCACCGUCCGCGUGUUCAGUGUGUCCAGGACUGAGAUGGAGCUGAAGAUGCAUCCCCACACUGCUGCACUGACAGCUAUCACCUACUCCACGGAUGGAGAAAUUAUCUUAUCGGGGGACAAGGAUGGGCUGGUGGCUGUCAGCAGCCCUUGCACUGGGGUGACUCUCUGUGUCCUGGCUGACCACAAAGGCUCCCCCAUCACUGCUCUCCAGUGCACCAGGAAGCAGUUCGGGGUGGAGGGGGGUGAGCUGUGGCUGGCCACCAGCUCGGACCGGCGGCUCAGCGUCUGGGCCUCCGACUGGCUCAAGGACAAGUGUGAGCUCCUGGACUGGCUCAGCUUCCCAGCUCCCACCAGCCCUGAGGGUCUUGACAGCCUUCCACCCAGCCUGGCUGCAUUUUGCCCUUGGGAACAUGGUGUCCUGGUCUACGUGGGCUUUGGGAUGCAGCAGGAAGCUUUGUUCUACAGUCUGCACAAGAAACAGGUAGUCAGGAAGAUCUCCUUGCCAGCGUUUGCCACAUCACUCAGUCUGUCCCCUGCAGCACCCUGCAUGGCUCUUGGCUUCGGGG